AUUAAUCGCAAAUAUUGGUUUUCUCUACGCUAGCCUCGCCGUUUCAACCCAACCGCUCCCUAUCUUCCUAGUGCGAAACAGGGCCGAGGACGCGGGCUUGCCGAAGCUUGGGCGAUCUGCCUUACUCGGGACGAGUGAUCUCAUUGCGAAAACAAAGCUUCGUUAACACUUCUUGGUUGACUUGACACUCGUUCGGACCGGCACAUGGGCCUACUGGUACCAUGCUGUUACCUACCCGGCAUCCAAGGCACCAUGCUUUGGAGAGACGAGCCCUGUCCAAACAGGCCCGGACGUUUGUUGUGAUUGGCGUCAUUGCAGUAGUCAUCUUCGCUAUACUCAUAAUCACAUACUUCACCACUCGGAAAUUCCGCGCUUCUUCCCGCGGCACCCGGAAAGCACAGCAGGCCUCAAAAGACAAACUACCUUCGCUAUUUUCCUGGAAGUACUUUCGCAAGCGCCCGCGCCGCAAUGGCUACUCCACCACCCUGCAAGAUACCGAAUACCGCGGGAGCGCCAGUCGAGCAAGCGGUGAGAUGAGUGGCGCGACACCAGCAGAUCCUGAGAGGCAAAUCGGCAGCACCGCUGCGAAUGGCGUCGACCGGAAUACAUCGAUUCGCAGCGUCAUGACACUGCCCGCCUACUCUUCCGCCGCGAGGGAAAACGAAAGAGUGCUAGGACGCGAAGGCGAGCGAGCAGGCAUGGACAACGUUAUUGAGCUUCCAGAGACGCAAGACGAAGAGGAACGACUGCGAGAGGAAGAGAUGGAGUCAUUGUACCAAAUACGAUUAGCGCGACGAAUUGAAGCAGCCGAACGAGAGGCACGCCGGCAAGCACGGAGAGAGGCGCGGGCACGAGGCGACGCCCAGGCACUCGCAGACAUUCGACGGAGAGCAGAACAGGCAGCAGAUCUCUCGAUAUCACAAAUGCUCAUCGCAGAGCACCAGGCCAGACAACGAAGCCGCGACCAUCGCGUAUCAUCGGUAGCCUACGGCGAUUUGGGCGUCGCAAGACACGACGGCACACGUCUCCGCGCAAACUCUUCCGAAAGCGACAACCGUCCUCUGCUCGACUCUGCCGCCUCUUUCUCGGGCGUAAGCGGAAGAUCGCGUGGCUACACAGCCACGAGCAACGAAACACACCAACGCGGCCUCUCGGUAACUUCCCUUGCACAAUCUGUGGAAUCUCAUGGGUCCGACGACUAUGAUUUUGCAGAUGCUUCGCGCACAAACUCCCAAACACACUCGCAUACCAACAGUGAGGGUUUCGAGGUAAUUCCGCUACACCCAGAAACAAGCCAUAGCGGAAGCAGUGCACCGUCACCACACGCAGAUAUACCAACAGAAGAUGCCCCCGCGUAUGAAGACCCACCCAACUACGAAAACCCGGUAAACGACCGAGCCCCGCAGUUACCAGCUCUUAAUCUGGACCUGGAACGACUACCCAGCAUACAAGUAACUACAGAACCAACGCCCGUUGAUGGACGAGCACCAUCCCCACUGCGAUGAUAGCUCUAACCAAAUAUAUUAUUCUUCAACAAGUGAAAAGAAACAUUCAUUCCUGAUUUAACACGCACACAUGUCGAGAUAGUUGGAUCAUCAUCGUUGUUGUUUUUUCUCUCUAGCCAUUUGAAGGUCGUUUUCGCAAAAGGAGCAUUCAUUCUUAGUUUUUACCAUCUUCAUCAACGAUUAUACGAAGUCAUGCUGGUGGAUUCAGCCAUAUAUAUCCAAAACUUUGUACAUAGCUUUUUUUUGCAUCUUCAUGAGUUUGCAUAAGUAAU